GCUCCAAUUACGAGCUUUCAUAGCCACCGGGACAGCGACCCAUUUGCCGGAAUGAAGGAUGCGGGCAAUGCCAAGAUGGACUUUGAUUCCGCUUUUGCCAGUUUCCCUAGUUCCUCAACUUCAACACAGAAUUUCCUCCUAUUUCUGAACUUGAACGAGAUGAUGAGUCCGAUUCAGCAAGUGAAGGCAACCGGUUUGAUGAUGACUUUACACCUGCUUCGCCACCACGCAAACAUGCGGGCGAAACUGAGACGACCAAUGCUCCAUCGUCUCCAAACACUACAAAAUCCACUGCAGCCUCGCCGGUAGCUUCCGUUACAGAGAACACGGGUGCUAAAAGUCACACGCCUCAGCCUUCAAAGUACGUUACCCUCGCAUGACAUGCAAAUAAUCCUACUUGAAGUACAUACUGACUGCAUCAGCCUUAGCGGGCUAUCAGCGUUCCCCGAACCACCGAAACUGUCGCCAUCACUACCUUCACCCACCAAAUCGGGGAGCCCAUUUGCUCCUGCUUCGUCUACAACAACCAAUACAGCACCUGUGGCAUCUAAGAGCGCAUUCGACGAAUUAGACGAUGAUUUCGAAGGGCUUGAAGAUGCGAGGGAAGGAUCAGCAGACGACGAAUUUGCGAACGUGUCAAGGUCAAACCUAGAUGAUUUCCAUCCAGUUUAUGACAGCAGCCCGCCUCCCAGUCAGCCUAGAACAGAAUCCACCAAUGUGUCUAAUGCAUUUGGCACUGAGAGUAGUUAUGACUUUGGAAAUGUAUCAACAACCUCCGGCGGCACAGCCAGUGCCACUCCUGUAGCAAACACGUCGACUACAGCUGGGUCUGCCAAGAACCCUACGCCGCCCAACAACGACGAGUGGGAUGCCCUUUUCACAGAUUUGCCUCCUGCUAAAGACUCCUCGACUGAAAAGAGCACAGAGGAGUCCAGGAGCCCGACCCAGAACCUGAGUCCAGAACGUCCUAGCUUUACCGGUCGGGCACUGACUGAUGAAGGCAAACAUGAUGAUCCCAUGGUGAAAAAUCUGACGGGGAUGGGAUAUUCAAGGGCCGAUGCAGUAAACGCAUUAGAGAAAUAUGAUUACAACCUAGAGAGGGCUGCAAAUUACCUUGCUAGCCAAACCUGAUGUAUUUUUUCAUCUAUGGGGGGGCCUAAGCUUGACAAGCAUUUGUGUGUGUGUGAAUGAAGCUGCAUAGAGAGCAGACCAGAACCAGAUUGAAGAUUGGGGCCGAAAACUACUCGGUCAGACAGAACCUUCCCUUGGCCACAGGGA